UCGAAUGUAAUAUUCCACGGGUCUCUUCCGGAACGUGUAGACCGAGAACUAGAACUACUGCUUGGAGCACUGUCGCUGGAUUUCUAGCCAUCGGACCGGACUUCUCGGUUUCUGGAUAUGUAGAUGCAAGCGCCGACCGCAGGACCGUGCCACGACGUAAGCACUAUCGACGUGAGCUCCAACAAUCACCACCACCAUCACCACCAACAUCACUGCGGACACAAUCAGCACGACCAUCGGCCUCAAGACCGAAUUCCAUCGUCCUCCUCGAUGUCUACCUUGCUAUGCUGCGAGCCAGUAUCGGCUGGCCGGCCUCGGGCCAAUCUAAAGCUUGUGCUGAACCGCAGCCUGAGCGAGCCAGGACCGAGUCCCUGCGCCUUCCCAGCAUCACCGACCACUUCGUCGAUCGUUAACAACAGUAACAACAAUCCCACCGAACCGCCCUCGAUCGUGAUCAGCGAGGAGGUGAACGGCGACGAAGACGACGACGUUCACCGUCGUGGCUUCCAUCAUCUCCAUUACCAUCACCAUCAUCAUCACCACCAUUUUCACCAUCAUCAGCAUCUAUCGGUGACUACGAAGCGUUGCAAACUGGAGACUGCCAGCCUGCCUACCAGCCCCUGCUCCGAGAACGGCCUUCAUCGCCAAUUAGUGCUAAGCAAGACUCGCGUCAUCACCGCGGGCGACCUUGCUCAACGUCUUGUGCAUCUUGAGCGAUCCUCCGCCGUUCCACCAGUGAUUCUGGAUUGCAGACCGUUUACAUUGUACAAUGUCAAUCAUGUACGCGGUGCCAUUAACGUCACCUGUUCGGAUCGCUUCAACCGACGCAGACUCCAGCUGGGGAAGGCCACCCUCGCCGAUCUCGCAUCCGCUCGCGAGGGCAAAGAGCUGCUUAGGAAAAGACAGUUCAAGGAAGUCAUAGUGUACGACGAAGGUACCGACAACUUGGAGCAUCUAACCGCUCAGAAUCCAUUAUUCCUGGUACUUGCUGCACUCGUGGACGACGAUCGAGAGCCGGCUGUGCUAAUCGGUGGACACCGGGAGUUUCACAGGCGGCACCGAGAGCUGUGCGAGGAUACACUUCUGCCAAACGGCGCCGCCGCUGCUGCAGCUGCUGCCGCCGCAGCCGCAGAUCCGUCGACGACGACGGUGAGCGGCUGCACGAGCCCUGGACCGGGUUGUCCCGUGCUGAGCAUCUCCGGCCCGCCGACGCCGCAGCCGGCUGAUAUCGACAGCCACCCGGCGUCCCGCGUGCUGCCGUUUCUGUACCUCGGUAACGGCAGAGAUGCCGCCGAUCUGCAGCUACUACGUGCUCUCGGCGCCACCCGGGUGCUGAACGUCACCUCACAAUUGCCCGGCUACCACGAGGAGCGGGGUAUCACGUACAGGCAGAUACCCGCCUCGGACUCCGGCCAUCAGAACCUCAAGCAGUACUUCGAAGAAGCGUUCGAAUUUAUCGAGGAAGCGCGGAAAGCCGGAAGCAGCGUAUUGGUGCACUGUCAAGCUGGUGUGUCGCGCAGCGCAACAAUUGCGAUUGCUUAUAUAAUGCGACACAAAGGCCUGUCGAUGGUGGAGGCGUACAAACUGGUGAAGAACGCGCGUCCGAUCAUCAGCCCGAACCUGAACUUCAUGGGUCAGCUGUUGGAGCUCGAGCAGGGUCUGCGAGCGUCCGGUGACGUCGUUAACUCUGCGCCAGAGGAGACCACAACGACGACGGCAACGUCAACGACGACGACGACGUCGACAACGACGACGACGACGACGGGUAGUUGUCACCAGUGCAGGUGGAGUCAUCAGCCGAACAGCGAGGAGGUGGUCACCUCUGGCUGCAGCGUCUGAGACCACUCUCUUCUCUCGUAUCUUCUUUUUCUGGUUUCUCUCGAGAGUACCGGAAUCGGUGCGUCGCGAAGACGCAAACAUAUCCCGAAUGAACGAAUGUUGAUGUCUUUCCUGCGUUUCUUCGCGACAAACCUGAAUAAUGAAUGCAGUUCGCGGGAUCAUCGAUCGCCUGAAGAUACUGGAUUCAACUUUAGGAAGAUUCAAAUAUGAACACUGGUGCCCUCGGCAUCUUUUCUCGAUACCCCGAAACGCGGAAUUUUCAGUUUUCCCAAUCUUCACGUUGCACAACAUUUGGGUUGUCACAUUUUUCAACUCAGGCUCUUUAGCCUAGAAAUUAUUGGCUCUUAAACUUUUUUUUAAAUUAGUACAUUUUUUCCCGAAUUCCGGUCUUCGAAACGACCAUUCAAUUAAAAAUGGUGAAGUCAAACUGCCGAACUGACAAAUCGCGACUUAUUAAGGGACUCGAAGGGAUACAAAGUGUGAAGAAGAUACUCGUAUUUUUAUAAAAAUUUUGAUUUCUCUCUAUGAAUGAUUAUAUUAUUUUUUUAUUUUCUAUUAGUGCCAAUGCAAAUUAGUCCGUACGAUUCAUAUACAAGAAUAAAUCAGUUUGUAAACGUUACGAAAAUGCGAUGUACCUUCUUCAUACAUACAUUAAAAAAAAAAGAUAGUUACGGGUUAGAUUCUCUACUGCGGAGAGACAAAAUAUAUGGCAGGGAGCGUAUUUCACGUAAAAAGAAUUUAACCACGCUCGCUUCCAGCUUCGAUAACGAGCAGCAGCGCGUCGCGAUUAUUUAUUUUUAAAUGACGUUCGCGCGAACAGUGAACAUAACUUGUACUUACGACACACAGUGUUCCAUAAUACCUGGUCGAGUCAAUAGGGAGGCAAGUGAAACGUAUAUAAUGCUCGCCUACGAGCUUCUCAUUAAACGAUUGACUAUCGUCUAGCAUUAUUUAUGCAAGAAAAUGCGAGGAAGGAAGAUACGAAAUCGGCGGAAAUGACUAUUCCAAUGAUUAUAUAGGCAGCUCGUAUACCACUGAAAGAA